GUACUUGCCGUCAAUGGCAGGCGUGUUGUGGCAGUGACUAGUACUGCUGAAUGUCUUGCAAAUCGCAUUUCUCAGGGACAUCCACUUCAUCGGUCUAGACUCUACGGCAAUGGCGACCCAAUUUUCUCGCAAGGCCAUACUAAGUCUCUACGCAUCCACUUUGCGGACAGCCAAAUCGUUCAGUUCAUACAACUUCCGCAAUUACUUUGUCUCGAGAACGCAGGACACAUUCCGUGGGAUGCAAGUGGAACAAGACUCUACCAAGCUUUCACAAGCAUAUGAUAAGGCUGUAAACGAGCUUGCGGUAUUGAGACGCAGCGCGGUCCUUAACCAGUUGUAUGGUGGUUUGCGGUUGGCAGUCGAAGAACAGAGCAAUGUCCGUACCAGAGGAGAUACGUGAACGAAGAUACCAUGCACUUCGAUGAUGAAAGCAAAGUAGAGAUCAUGUUCAAUCUUAUGUUUACCAUCUCAGCCUCAGA